CAAAUGUCAAAAUCACGAAGUCUUCGGUGCUAUGUAAUCUGAUUAUCAACCAGGAACAGGGAAGUGAUAUGUUUGCCGCAAUUUUAAUUGCAUUUCUCCUAGUUUCCGCCGUAUCAUCUGGUCCGGAAGAACAGGAGGGAGUGAAAUAUGCAAGUAAAUGUGAAGUUUGUAAAAUUCUAGCAACAGAACUCCAAGACAAGCUCUCGGAAACCGGCAAAUCCCACGAUGUUAUCGAACUCGGGUAUUCCCUCGACGAUGUGAAGCCAAAGAAACGUACGGAAUACCGCAAGAGCGAACUGCGCCUUCUUGAAUCGCUUGAUAAUGUUUGCGAACGAAUUCUCGAAUAUAAUUUGCAUAAGGAACGUCGGGACAGUACCCGGUUUGCCAAGGGAAUGUCGCAAACAUUCUCUGCCCUCCACGGCCUGGUGAACAAAGGAGUGAAAGUGGAGCUAGGGAUCCCGUAUGAGCUGUGGGAUAAACCGCCGGUUGAAGUGACGAAUAUGAAGUCGCAGUGCGAGGACCUGGUGGAAAAAUAUGAGGACUCGAUUGAAAACUGGUACUUCAAGCACCAGGACAGCAAGCCGUUGAUCAAGUAUCUUUGCGAAGAGCGGGCACUGAAGAAUCAGGAUAGCAAGUGCCUCUACGAGAUAAUGGAUGAAAGCAAGAAAGAGGGAAGCGGAGAUGAAGGUGGUAGCCAAGAAAAGAAAGCGAAAAACAAAGGGGAGAAGAAAAGCGGUGGUAGUGCUAAAAACGCAGAUUCUAAGGAGAAGCCAGGAAAACUGAAAGGCGAAGCGGGUGAUGAGGAUUCCCAGCAGCAGACGAAGACGGACAAAGAUGAAUUGUGAUUGGCCUAACGGGUGAUGUCCAGAGAGAUAGCUUUAAGACCAAAGUUUCGUUGUUCAGAUUCCAUUGUUUGCCCAAAACCAUUUGAGAUUUCCAUGAUUCUAAGUUUAAUCUCGCCAAGUGACUGAUGUUAUAAAGUUUCUACUGAAUUUAUCUCAAUAAAUGUAUGCAUAAUUUUA